AUGAAGGCUCUCAUUCUCGUCGGUGGUUUCGGUACCCGCUUGCGGCCUCUUACCCUCACCCUCCCCAAGCCGCUUGUCGAGUUUGGCAACCGUCCCAUGAUCCUUCACCAAGUUGAGAGCUUAGCUGCUGCUGGUGUGACAGACAUCGUACUAGCUGUCAACUAUCGCCCAGAUGUUAUGGUUUCUGCGCUCAAGAAGUACGAAGAGCAAUACAACGUCAAGAUCGAGUUCUCCGUUGAGACAGAACCCCUCGGCACCGCUGGUCCUCUGAAACUAGCGGAGAGCAUUCUUGGAAAAGACGACUCUCCCUUUUUCGUCCUGAACUCCGAUGUCAUUUGUGACUAUCCAUUCCAGCAACUAGCAGACUUUCACAAGGCCCAUGGUGAUGAAGGAACCAUUGUCGUCACCAAGGUGGACGAGCCCUCAAAGUAUGGUGUUGUCGUCCACAAGCCCAACCACCCCUCGCGCAUCGACCGAUUCGUCGAGAAACCCGUAGAGUUCGUCGGCAACCGCAUCAAUGCCGGUAUGUACAUCUUGAACCCGAGUGUACUGAAGCGCAUUGAGCUGCGUCCUACCUCUAUCGAGCAAGAGACCUUCCCUGCCAUCGUCCGGGAUGGCCAACUUCACUCAUUUGAUUUGGAAGGAUUCUGGAUGGAUGUUGGUCAGCCAAAGGAUUUCCUUACUGGCACCUGCCUAUACCUCACCUCUCUAACGAAGCGGAACUCGAAGAUGCUUGCUCCCAGCUCGGAGCCUUACGUCUACGGCGGAAAUGUCAUGGUUGAUCCGUCUGCGAAGAUUGGGAAGAAUUGCCGUAUUGGACCUAAUGUCGUCAUUGGCCCCAACGUCGUGAUCGGCGACGGUGUUCGUUUACAGCGCUGCGUCCUGAUGGAGAACAGCAAGGCUAAGGACCACUGCUGGAUCAAGUCUACCAUCGUCGGAUGGAACAGCUCCGUCGGCCGAUGGGCACGCCUGGAGAAUGUGACUGUGCUCGGUGAUGAUGUGACGAUUGCCGAUGAGGUCUAUGUCAACGGCGGCUCGAUCCUGCCGCACAAGAGCAUCAAACAGAACGUUGAUGUUCCUGCUAUCAUCAUGUAA